AUGACAACCCAGGAAACCGAGCAACAACAACAACAGCAACAACCCGUUACCACGGAGCCCACCACUACUACUGAAACCCAGAACGAGCCCACUGCUGCUGACGCUGCUACACCCGCUGCUGCUGCUGAAGAGAGCAAAGACAAUGAUGCUCCAGUAGAUGUAGCAGAAGCAGCCGCUACUACUACUACUACUACUGAACCUGCACCAGCAGCAUCAACCAGCGCUGCUGGAAAGACGAAGCGCUUGAACUUGUUCAAUCCUUUCAAGUCCAACAAAAAAGAGGAAGAAAAGAAGGAGGAUAACAAAGAAGAAUCGGCUCCCGCCGCUGAUGCACCAGCUGCUACCACUGAACAGCAGCAAGAAGAACCAGCAGGACCGGUAGAAGAGAAUGCUGCAUCCUCCAAGCCAGCAACAGCUACCCAAGAAAAGCGCAAGUCAAAGGGAUUCGGUAGCCUUUUCUCAAGCAUCAAGUCCAUGGCGCCCAAGUCUCCUCCAGCUGUUUCUGCUGAGGGUGCUUCCUCACUUGAUACUCAGCAGCAGCAAUCAGGUCAGGCUAGUAAUGCUGGCAGCGGUGAAGCUCAGCCUGUCGAACUUCCCAAGAUUGAGCAGCUGCAGCCUAUCGAAACUUCCGCUGUAGUUGAAGGCACCCGCGAUAAGGUCAAAGAGACUGCUACUUCAGCAGCAGAAGGAACUGCAGAAGUUGCUAAUGAAACAGCUCAUAAAGCUGUCGAUGCUGCCGCCACUGCUGCCGAUCAAGCAGCAUCGCCUACUACUGAAGCAGCAGUAGCCGCUAGCACGAGUCCCAAGCGCCAAUCGUUGAUCAACAAGUUCUUUGGUACCAAGAAGAAGGAAACCAAAGAAGAAGAGCAAAAACCAGCUACCGAGGAACCCAAGCAAGAGCAAGAGCAGCCGGAAGAAAAAGAAAAUAAUGAGAAGGAAGCUUCUCGCCCAUCGUCGCCUCUUGGUCGUCGAUUGACAGACUUUUUCAAGCUCCCGAAAAAGAACCAGGCUGCUGCAGCAACUGAGGAAGGAAACAAUACUGCUACUUCUCCUACUGCUGACCAGGACAACAACAACCAACAAGAAGCACAAGCACAUGAAGAAGAACUGCGACGGGAACCUGAAGCGGAGGCUCCACGCGACGCUCCUGAAUCGAAUACCACAGCUACUGCACCCACUCCAGCUCCCACGCCUAUUGCAACUGCAUAA